UUCCCGGGUUCCUCCUCCUCUUUUUCUGCUUUUCUGCAAGAUCCAGGGAUCUGUUUCUCCCCCUUCCCUUCCCUAAAUUCCUCCCUGAGCUCUUUCCGGCCAUUAAGCAGCAAGGGAAGAAAACCGGGAGGAGGAAGAAGAGCCAUGCAAAAGAAAAGCUUUUCCGGCCUUACAAGAUUGCUUUCACUCCCUCGGAGGGUGAUUUUGCAGACCCCUUUCAGGUGGGCAUAGGCACCAAAUGCAACCAGGGCUCCAGAUAUCCAGAUGAGACCGUAGUCGGAUGGGGUGAAGUGGCCACUUUGUUGAAGCAAGGAGGGAGAAUCGGAGAAACACAGAAGUCUUGGUGAUUCUUCUGAAGCCAACAGAGAAACCCUCGUGCACUGGAUUUGCACCAUUACUUGGAUUUGCACCAUAGCGUUGGAGAACCAUUCAUCCAAAGUCUUCUCCUGCUCCUGCUUGAAGGCCCACCUAUCAUGGGAUACAUAGAGCGGAUUUUUGGAUACCCGUAAAGCGGAGGAUUUGGGAAUAUUUGGAAACAAGCAGCCAACGGUUGUGGGAUUCCUCCCAUCAUGCGACAGUGAAGAAGAGGAGAGCAAAGGAGGAGGAGGAGGAGGAGGAGGAAGCAGAGAUGUCGCUCUCCAGGCUGAACAGCUUUGUCAAUGGCUUCUUGGAGGACCCUUCGGGGCCCGAGGCCGGGGGGCCGGACAUGACCCGCAUCCUCAGCGCCUUGGAGGUGGGCACCGUCCUCACCUUGUUCUACCAGAAGAAGUCCCAGCGGCCAGAACGGAGGACCUUCCAAGUCCGGCUAAAGAGCCGGCAGAUCGUCUGGAGUCGCACGCUGGAGAAGGUGGAAGGAGAUGUGGAUAUUAGGGAAAUUAAGGAGAUCCGGUCAGGGAAGAAUUCCCGGGACUUUGAGCGCUACCCUGAAGAUGCCCGGAAGCUGGACUCCGCCUUGUGUUUUGUCAUCUUAUACGGAAUGGACUUCCGGCUGAAGACGUUGAGCGUGGCUGCGUUUUGCGAAGACGACGUCAAUCUCUGGGUGGCAGGCCUGAAUUGGUUGGUGACUGACACGCAGCGAGCACCGUCUCCUCUCCAUAUCGAAAGGUGGUUGAGGAAACAGUUUGAUUCGAUGGACAGAUCAAGGGAAGGCAGCAUCACCCCAAAGGAUCUGAAGGCGAUGCUGCCCCAAGCCAACUACCGGGUCCCCAAUAUGAGAUUCCUGAGAGACAAACUUAUGGAGGUGGAAGUCCGUAAUGAAAUCACCUUCAGCCACUUUGCACACUUCUAUAAGAACCUGAUGUUUGACGCCCAGAAAUCGAUCAUUGAACAGCUGGAAUUGUCUUUCCCUUUACGAAAUGUGGACCGGCCAGAACUCUGCCAGAUCACAUUGUAUGACUUCCAGAAGUUCCUACAACACGAUCAGAAGGAGCCAUGGGCAAGUGACAUUGCUAAAGUCCGAGAGCAGAUGUGCAGCUACCUGCGGGAUCCCUUCAGCGACAUGGCAGAGCCUUUCUUCCAGUUGGAUGAGUUCCUGACGUACCUGUUCUCCAAAGAAAACAUGGUCAUGGACUCCAAGUACGAGCAGGUGGCGCCCGAGGAAAUGAAUUACCCCUUGUCUUACUACUGGAUCUCCUCUUCUCAUAACACGUACCUGACUGGGGACCAGUUCUCCAGCGAAUCCUCCCUCGAAGCCUACGCUCGCUGCCUCCGGAUGGGAUGCCGCUGCAUUGAGCUGGAUUGCUGGGACGGACCCGACGACCUGCCCAUCAUCUACCACGGCCACACGCUCACCUCCAAGAUCAAGUUCUUGGACGUGCUGCACACCAUCAAGGAGCAUGCCUUCACCACCUCUGAGUUCCCCAUCAUCCUCUCCAUCGAGGACCACUGCAGCAUCGUCCAGCAGAGGAACAUGGCCUCGCACUUCAAGAAGGUCUUUGGGGACAUGCUGUUGACCAAGCCAGUGGACAUCAACGCUGACCAGCUGCCCUCCCCUGCCCAGCUCAGGAAGAAGAUCCUCAUUAAGCACAAGAAGCUGGUCGAAGGGAACCUGUAUGAGGAAGUCACCACGGCCACGUACUCGGAGAACGACAUCAGCAACUCCAUCAAGAACGGCAUCCUUUACCUGGAGGACCCCAUCGACCAUACCUGGAGCCCACACUAUUUUGUCCUGACCAGCAACAAGAUCUAUUAUUCCGAGGAGACCUCUCGCUACCAAUCCAAUGAGGAUGAGGAAGAGACAGAACAGAAAGAGGAAUUUAACAACAACGAGCUGCACUUCAGCGAGAAAUGGUUCCACGGCAAGCUGGGCGGGGGCCGUGACGGGCGGCAGAUUGCGGAGAAGCUGCUGCACGAGUAUUGCACGGAGACCGGGGGCAAGGACGGCACCUUCCUGGUGCGGGAGAGUGAGACCUUUGUGGGCGACUACACCCUCUCCUUCUGGCGCUCCGGCCGCGUUCAGCACUGCCGCAUCCAUUCCCGGCAGGAAGCCGGAGCCACUAAAUUCUACCUGACGGACAACCUGGUCUUCGACAGCCUCUACAGCCUCAUCUGCCACUACCGGGAGGUGCCUCUGCGCUGCAACGAGUUCGAGAUGCGGCUGACGGACCCGGUGCCGCAACCCAACGCUCACGAGAGCAAAGAGUGGUACCACGCCAACCUGACCCGCUUGCAGGCUGAACACAUGCUGAUGCGCGUUCCCCGGGACGGGGCCUUCCUGGUGCGGAAGCGCAGCGAGCCCAACUCAUACGCCAUCUCUUUCCGAGCGGAAGGCAAGAUCAAGCAUUGCCGCAUCCAGCAGGAGGGUCGUCUGUUCAUGCUGGGCAGUUCGGCCGAGUUUGAGAGCCUGGUGGACCUGGUCAGCUACUACGAGAAGCACCCCUUGUACCGCAAGAUGAAGCUGCGCUACCCCAUCAACGAGGAGACUCUCGAGAAGAUGGGCACCGCUGAAUUGGACUACGGCGCUUUGUACGAGGUGCGCACCCCUCACUUUUACGUGGAAGCCAACAAGAUGCCAAUGGCCAAGUGCACCGUGAAGGCCUUGUAUGACUACAAAGCUCAGCGGGAAGACGAGCUGUCCUUCUGCAAACAAGCCAUUAUUCACAACGUUGACAAGCAGGACGGAGGGUGGUGGCGCGGAGACUACGGGGGCAAGAAGCAGCUCUGGUUCCCCGCCAACUACGUCGAGGAGAUCAUGAAUGCCUCUGGGGCCGAGCAGGAUGAAGCGUCUGUAGAGAACAGUCCGCUGGGCAACUUUCUAAAGGGCUUCAUUGAUGUCCCUUCCUGCCAUGUAGUUAUCUCCAAAGACGGGAGGAGCUCCAAACCAUUUGUCUUCACCAUCCAUUCCCAGCAGAUGACCCACCCGUCCCAGUCGCUGGACGUCGCCACCGACACCCAGGAGGAGCUCAACGACUGGGUGGCCAAGAUCCGAGAGGCCACUCAGAACGCAGACGCCCGGAUGCAAGAAGGAAAGAUCAUGGAACGGAGGAAGAAAAUUGCCCUGGAGUUGUCAGAACUGGUCGUUUACUGUCGCCCGGUACCCUUUGAUGAGGAGAAGAUCGGCACAGAGAAAGCCUGCUACCGGGACAUGUCCUCUUUUCCCGAGACCAAGGCGGAGAAGUACGCCAACCGCAGCAAAGGGAAGAAGUUCCUGCAGUACAACCGCCGGCAGCUGAGCCGCAUCUACCCCAAGGGCCAGCGCCUGGACUCCUCCAACUACGACCCGCUCUCCAUGUGGAUCUGCGGCAGCCAGUUGGUGGCCCUCAACUUCCAGACCCCCGAUAAGCCGAUGCAGUUGAACCAGUCGCUUUUCAUGCUGGGGGGCCGCAGCGGCUACGUGUUGCAGCCGGACAUCAUGCGUGACGACCUCUUUGACCCCUUUGACAAGAGCAGCUUGAAGCACGUGGAGCCCAUCACGGUCCAGCUGCAGAUCCUGGGGGCCCGGCACCUCCCCAAGAAUGGCCGCAGCAUCGUUUGCCCCUUUGUGGAAGUGGAGGUCUGCGGCUCUGAGUUUGACAACAGCAAGAACAAGACGGAGGUCGUAGCUGACAACGGUCUCAAUCCAGUCUGGCUCGUCAAGCAGUUUGUCUUCGACAUCAACAACCCGGAGUUUGCCUUCCUCCGCUUCGUCGUCUACGAGGAGGACAUGUUCAGUGACCCCAACUUCUUGGCUCAGGCAACGUUCCCCAUCAAGGGCCUUAAAACAGGUUACAGAUCCGUUCCCCUGAAGAACAGCUAUAGUGAGGAUCUUGAGCUCGCUUCUCUGCUUCUCCACAUUGAAAUUGUCAAUGCCAAGGAAGAAGACGACGAGAACUUGUACUCCUCCAUCCAGCAACUCCGGGACCGCGCCAAUGAGCUCUCCAACCAGGUCUCCAACUUUGAACAAAGCAACAAUUGUGACUCACGCUACCAGCAGCGGCUGGAUGAACUCAGGGCGGCACAAGAGCGACUCAUGGAACUGACGGAAGUGCGCAACAGGAAGUUGAUGGAGAAGAAGAAGCGAGACCGGCAGUUGGCCAACAAGCGCAACUGAAGCACCGGCUCAGUCUCCUCCAUCUGACAGCCUCCGCUUUCCCCACUGAAUCCCAAGGAGGCCUUUGGACACCGGACGGUGCCUGGACUCUUCUGUGCUCUCCGCCUCCCAGCCAGCGGUCAGUCGGUCAGUCUGUCUGGAAGCGGGGGCCGAGGGCACAACGGCAGAGGAAGCCGCAGGAGGAGCAUUCCCCGGCCGUGGAGGGAAGCCGGACCCCGAUGCCUGUCUGGCCGCUUUCCCAGUGUGGCAAGCAGUCCGCCUCGAUAAACACCCAUUACAGACUUUUGACAUGAUGGGGUUUUAAUCCCACCGGCUGUUAGGAAUUGUGGAAGUUGAAGUCCAAACACCCGGAGGGCCAAAGUUUGCCCAUGCCUUCUGUUCUUGGUAAUGUAAACCACAUCUUGCCUUUUUCUUUAACUUAACACUCUAAGUUCACAUCCCAAAACUAGAAAGACAGGCAGCCCAGUUGUAGGGAGAGCCAUUGAGUGUCCAGGCCAGAUUGGGAGGACCUGAGAGGUCAGUGUUUAGUACGAGGGUCGAAUGAAAAGUAAUGCCUCCACCUUCGUAACUCCUCAAGAGAUGGCAGUACUUGAAUGUGGAGGUCCUGGCUUGUUCAGUAGACUCUCCUCUGCAGUUCUAUUUGGUGGGAAGCCUUAGCAUUGGACGGUUGUGUUGUUAAAGCGCGAAGUAUGGAGCCCUGCGCAGACGGGGAAGCCUUAGCAUUGGACGGUUGUGUUGUUAAAGCGCGAAGUAUGGAGCCCUGCGCAGACGGGGAAGCCUUAGCAUUGGACGGUUGUGUUGUUAAAGCGCGAAGUAUGGAACCCUGCGCAGACGGGGAAGCCUUAGCAUUGGACGGUUGUGUUGUUAAAGCGCGAAGUAUGGAACCCUGCGCAGACGGGGAAGCCUUAGCAUUGGACGGUUGUGUUGUUAAAGUGCGAAGUAUGGAACCCUGCGCAGACGGGGAAGCCUUAGCAUUGGACGGUUGUGUUGUUAAAGCGCGAAGUAUGGAACCCUGCGCAGACGGGGAAGCCUUAGCAUUGAACGGUUGUGUUGUUAAAGCGCGAAGUAUGGAACCCUGCGCAGACGGGGAAGCCUUAGCAUUGAACGGUUGUGUUGUUAAAGCGCGAAGUAUGGAACCCUGCGCAGACGGGGAAGCCUUAGCAUUGAACGGUUGUGUUGUUAAAGUGCGAAGAAUGGAACCCUGCACAGACGGAUGGUCAAAGCGACUUAAGCAACGUGCAGUCAUUGAAUUCUUGACAGCAGAAGGUGUCACCCCAAAGGAGAUUCAUCAGAGAACGCAAGCUGUUUAUGGGGAUUGUGUUGAUGUGAGUCCUGUGCUUCGUUGGGCGAAUAAAGUCCACAAUGGGUCCUGUGAGACGCCGGUUGCAGAAACAGAGUGUUGACUUCUUCCGUGACGGCUUCAGAAAACUUGUUCAUCGUUGGCAGAAAUGUAUCCAAUUGUCUGGUGAUGAUGUGGGGAAGUGAAUAGUGGUAGUUAAAGAGCACAUUCUCAGGAUUAUUUCUGUGUUUGAUUCAUUAAAAUAUUCCCAUCCAAAACCCAAGUAAUGAAGGUGGAGGCAUUACUUUUCACUCAACCCUCGUAGGAAAGGGGAUCCCAAAAGCAGGGGAAAGGAUCCGGAAUCGAGACAAAGGAGGGCAGAAACAAGAGGCCACCUUUGUCCCUGGUUUACAGUCCGCUGUAAAAGGUGUGUUUUGGGUUCCACCGGUGCCGCCUUUCCAUCAUUAAGCACAAGUUCCAGAGUGGCAACCUCACCAUUGUGUGCCACUGUGUAUUUACAUUUAUAGUCCAGUUUCUGUAUUCACAAACAUGAGUGUGCAGAUGGCAUACGUGGUGUGCAAUUCUUUAUUAUUGAUAGGCAACAACAAGGGAAAUCUCUCCACCCAAUAAUUUCAUAACAUUCCCUGAAACACACGCCGUUCAAGGUUUCCUCCUCCUUAGCUUUGGGAAAAGCUUGGCUUUGCGAGGAGGAGGCUUGGUCUGUGAACUUCCAGCCUGGCAUUAUGUCUCCUUCCUGCUGCCAUUUCAAGUCUUGCUUCUUUAAAAAUUAAGAGGAUGAGGAUGUCGUGAAGGACAAAAUAAACCUCACAGAGAGAAGGCACUGCUUCAAUUGAAAAGCUUCUUUUUCCCCUUGAGAAAGGAAAACCCGCAAAGCUGGGCUAAGAAGACAUUAUUUGGCUUUGACGUUUGCAUCAGCUUUGGCUUUGUUGGUGGAUCUAAAGUCAGGGGAAAACGACCAGGAGGAAGUCAAGGAGAUGGCACCAAAUAGGAUGAUACUAAACAAUCAAUUUCUAAAGUGUCCUUAACAAACACUUUGCUUCUUCUUUGCUUUGAAUUCUUUUGAUAUUCAUCUGGACAUCUUAAGACACCAACGAAUUUCUUCUAUGCUUUCAAUUCUUUUGGACAUCUUAAGACACCAACUAUCAUGCUUUAUACUGAACAACAUGAGUAGAGACUGACUUGUCUGCCAUUGGUCCAAGGAGACUUAUUCCAGAGCUGUAGAAUUCAUACGUGUGAAUCUUUCCUUCUUUGUGUAGGUUUGCAGACCGUGGUAUCUUCUGGGGUUAAAGUCCUGGGAUGGAACAGAAGAGAUGGCCUGCCUUUGAGGCUUGUUCAAGUGAUGUAGUUUGACUGCAUCCGCAGAAGUCUAGUGUCCAGGUAAAGGGAAGCCUUAGCACUAAACUCUAUAAUGUGUUGUUGAAGGCUUUCAUGGCCGGGAUCACAGGGUUGUUGUAUGUUUUCCGGGCUCUAUGGCCAUGUUCCAGAAGCAUUCUCUCCUGAUGUUUUGCCCACAUCUAUGGCAGGCAUCCUCAGAGGUUAUGAGGUAUAGAUGCCUGCCACAGAUGUGGGAGAAACAUCAGGAGAGAAUACUUCUGGAACAUGGCCAUACAGCCCGGAAAACAUACAAAAACUCUAUAAUGUUUCAGUCAGAAAUAGCACUGUGUCAAGGAUGUUGACCAGCUUGAAUGUGUCCAGAUAAGGAUGAUCAAGAUGGCAAAUGUUUGGAAGGCAAGGCCUACAAGGAACAGAUGAGGAAGCCAGGGAUGUUUGGCUUGAAGAGAGGGUUGAGAGGUGACACUAUAACCAUAUAUAAAUACUUGAAGAGAUGUCAUAUAAAAGAAGGAGCGAGCUUGGUUUCCGCUGCUCUAGAGAUCAGAAUAUGAAUCAGUGGUUGAAUGUGAAAGCUGCGUGACAGUGGAAUAGAUGGAAAACCUUUUUUUUUUUGGAUGAUAUUCAGGCAGAGUUUGGAUGGGCAUCUUUGGGGAAUGCUUCAAUUGUGUAUUCUACAUGACAGUGGAAUAGAUGGAAAACCUUUUUUUUUGGAUGAUAUUCAGGCAGAGUUUGGAUGGGCAUCUUUGGGGAAUGCUUCAAUUGUGUAUUCUACAUGACAGUGGAAUAGAUGGAAAACCUUUAUUUGGAUGAUAUUCAGGCAGAGUUUGGAUGGGCAUCUUUGGGGAAUGCUUCAAUUGUGUAUUUUACUUGACAGUGGAAUAGAUGGAAAACCCUUUUUUUGGAAAGUCUUCAGGCAGAGUUUGGAUGGGCAUCUUUGGGGAAUGUUUCAAUUGUGUAUUCUACAUGACAGUGGAAUAGAUGGAAAACCUUUUUUUUGGAUGAUAUUCAGGCAGAGUUUGGAUGGGCAUCUUUGGGGAAUGCCUCAAUUGUGUAUUCUAUUUAACAGUGGAAUAGAUGGAAAACCUUUAUUUGGAUGAUAUUCAGGCAGAGUUUGGAUGGGCAUCUUUGGGAAGUGCUUCACUUGUGUAUUCCAGUAAGAUGGGGUUGGACUUGAUGACCCUUGCAGUUCCUCCCAGUCCCAUGAUUGUACUACAGGUUCUUAUCGUGCCAGCAAUGGACAGAAAAGCCUAGUUUUCUUGCAAAAAGCUCAGGAACAAGGUUCAUGUGUACAGGUAGCAGGGUGAACCUGUGCCAUGGUUGCAACUUCGGAGACGGAGAGCAGAUCAGGAGAACUCGGAUAUGGACAAAGUUGGGCUCUCCGGGUGUUUUGGACUUCGACUCCCACCAUUCCUGACAGCCUCAGGCUCCUUCCUUUUCCGCCUCAGCCGCUUAAGCCAGCUGCUGGUUGCACGGAAAUGUGCCGAGUUGGAAGCCUAUGCAAGUCUUGUUGCAUCGAAGCUGGUGAUCCAAGAAUGAGGAGAGGAUCAUUUCUAUGCUCAGGAACCACUUUUGAAGUUAUUUCCAGAUUUCUUAUCUCCAAAACAUGCAGAAGGAGCAUUUCAUUCCUGCGGAGCAUCCGUUCACGGAAAGAAAACUGCCAACUUUUAAAUCAAACACACUGGGAAUGGCAGCCUCUUAAGUGGAGCUACUCUUGAGUUCACAUAGGCAUCAGAAACAGUCUUCAACUGCCACAUAUUUUAUUCAUAUACAUUACAAUUUGUUGUCUUAUUAGUCAGAGCUGAGAAACGUGGCCACAAUUUCAAACAAGUCUUUCAUCCCUUUUCCAUAUGUGUGUUUCCUGAAGACAUAUUAGGUCUUGUUUCAUUUUUUCUCUCAAUGCAACGCCUGUCUAAAUUUUCUUGGCGCAUUGAUCCCUCAGGCAUUCCAAGGUAAUUAAUUGUGCACCAAAAAUGGUCUUCAAAGCACUGCCAGUGUUUGUUUUGCGGGUUUAUUUUUACAGUGUAAAACAGGCAUUACGGGAUGGUGCACAUACAGUUGCUUUCACAGAACCACGAGGCCCAACUGAUCUCUCGUUCAAGUCUCCCGCCCAGGCGAUCUUGCUUUUCAGUUCACAUUAUUCCCAGGUGAGCCAGAGGACUUGAAAUGGAAAAGCUUCAGAAAGGGGAGGAAUCUGGGCUGGGCGUGAAAGGGGUUUCAAAUCCUACAUCUGGAUUGCUUUGCAGCCAAAUCAUCAGGAAGAGCUGGGCUCUCGGUGACAAUAUGGGAACAGUGCUUAUGGGAAGAGGAGUUGGGUGGCUUUGCUCAUUUCAGUGGGGAGACCUUUUCCCACCCAUCCCCACAAACACAGGCAGAACAUGAGAAGCACAAGUGAGUCGGCCGGUGCACCAGCACUAUCACAGGAGCUUGUGUCCCUUCCAGAGCCACUCAAGGGAGGGACCCCAUGUAUCCUUUGUAUGAAAAUAAAUCUAUUUAGCCAGUAUUUAUACAUGA